UAGGCAAUUGGAUAUUCCACGAGCGGCGCUCGAUCGCAUGCGGAAUAUCUCCUGGCAGUGUAUCGCCGGACAGCGACGACGAUAGUGCAUUGCCAGGAGCUGGUAAGAUCGAACUCAUACUGCACGCAAAUUAACAGCGUACUUUUUUAAAAGAGUGCAGUCUACCGAGCAACUUGGUGAAAAGUGGUAAUGAACUUUUGAUCAACCAUGAAGAAGAUUUUACGAUCUGUAAAAGUUGGUGCCCAGGGUCAGAAUCGAACCAUCAUCAGAACACUUGGAAACGCUUAUCCUGCGGCAACACCCAACGAAAAUGCCACGACGCCUAAACCGAUUUCGUGGGAAGAAGCGAAACCCUUCAAUGAAAUGCCUGGGCCAAAACCACUUCCGGUAAUCGGAAAUAUUCACAGAUUCUUACCCCUUAUCGGCGAAUAUUACGAGAAAGAUAAAAAAGAUAACAGUAUCUUUAUGCGGAAGAUCAACGAAACAUUUGGCAAAGUGGUACGAGUAGCUGGUCUACCUGCAUUACCGGAAUCCGUUUUCGUUUACGAUCCUGACGAGGCCGAAAAGGUAUAUAGAAACGCUGGUCAAUGGCCGAUGAGGGAUGAAAUAAAAACUCUCAGCCGCUACCGAAGGGUGAUACGGAAAGAGGUCUACGACGAGGCAUACGGUCUCUUAAUUACGCAGGGAGAGGAAUGGUGGAAAUUUCGAAGCAUCGUCAACAAAGUCCUGAUGCGACCCCAAAUUACCAAACUCUACAUCGACGCCAUAGACAAGAUUGCCGAAGACUUUGUAAGAAGAAUCCGACUAAUUCGAGAGGAAAAUUUCGAGAUGCCAGAAAACUUUACCAACGAAUUGAACAGAUGGGCUCUAGAGUCAAUCGGGGUUGUUGCCCUGGACACAAGGUUCGGAUGCCUAGAAGGAGAUCUUUCCGAGGAUUCCGAGGCGCAACGUUUGAUACAGACGGUGCUGGCAUGGUUCGAGCUGUGGUACCAGCUGGAAGCACAGCCGUCGCUUCACCACUGGGUGAACACAAAGAACUGGAAGCAAUUCAUCUCGACAAUGGAUUAUUUCAAUGAGACCGCGAUGAAAUACGUCAACGAAGCUGUAGAGAGGAUAAAAAAGCACCCGAAAAGCGACGAGGAAGACAAGAGCGUCCUCGAGAGGCUGAUCGCCGUCGAUAAGAAAGUUGCCUGUGUCAUGGCUCUGGACAUGCUCCAGGCGGGUAUCGAUACCACUUCCCAAACUGCAGCGGUGUGUCUUUACUACUUGGCUAAAAAUCCUGACAAGCAGGAUAUCCUGCGACAAGAGUUGAGAGAGUAUGCACCAAAUGGAAGAAUUACCGCGGAAAACAACGAGAAAAUGGCGUACUUGAAGGCUUGCAUGAGAGAGUCUGCAAGAUUAUCACCAAUAGCGUACGCGAAUCAACGACUUUUGCCCAACGACGUAGUCAUUGGUGGUUAUCAGGUGCCAAAAAGGACUCCAGUUAUUCUCUGUCACAUGGCGAUGGCAACAAACCCUGAAAUAUUUCCUGAGCCAAUGAAAUAUAUUCCCGAAAGAUGGCUGAGAUCAAGUCCGCAUUUCAAUAACGCCCACAAGUUUGCGAUGAUGCCAUUUGGCCAUGGAUCACGUAUGUGCAUCGGUAAAAGAUUUGCGGAAAUGGAAGUUGAGGCUCUUGUUACAAAGGUGAUAACGAACUUCAAUUUGUCCUGGCAUCACAAAGACAUGGAAUUCACUAGCAAAAUAAUUAACGUGCCCAGAAGUCCGCUGAGGUUCAAGAUGACCGAUGUUCAAGUAAAAAUUUAACCAUAAUCGGUGCUGCAUUAUUUUAAAUAACAUACGUUUAUACAAGAUUACUU